AUGGAGGAUGUGCCUCAAGCGGAGUUGUUUUAUACCAAGGGGAGCAAGGAGCUGCUGCUGGCGCUGCAGGAGAUUGCGGUGUUUUCGCUGCCCCGGGCAGGGGUGGAGCGGCGCCUGCCGCCUCUGCUCGCUGCCAGCUGUGCUCGCUGCCAGCUUCUUACCCUCAUACUCGCUGUCCCACCCACCACACACUCGCUGGUAUCAGAGAUAGGCGACGAGCGCCCCAUCUCCACCUGCGCCCUCUCCCCCGACGCCUCUCUCCUCGCCACCUCCGGGUGGAGCGGCACGUGCCGCCUCUGGUCGCACUCAAACCUCCUCCCCACCCCAACCCACCCCACCCCACCCCACCCCACCCCCCGCAACACCCACGCCACCCCCCCGCCCACAGCGGCGCUUGUAGCCUCUGGUCGCAGCCAGCUGUGCAGGCGGCGGGCGCACUGCGUGGCCACUCAGAGCGCGCCACAUGUCUGGCCUGGCACCCCCACGCGCUCUCCUCUCUCCCCGCCUCCGGCCCCAACCUUGCCACGGCUGGUGCUGACAGGUACGACAGGUGCAGGAAUGGGGGGUAGGUCUAGGACUAGGAGUGGGAUAGGGGCAGGCUCACUGCUGCCUAUCCACUCGCACCCCUACACGCGCUCCCCACUCCCUCCCUCCCUCCCUGUUUGGUUCUAUCCCUCAUUCCCUGUUCUCCCCGGCCUUCCUGUCUUCCCUUGUCCCCCCUUCCCCCCGUCUAUCCCUCAUGCUGUGUUCCCCCUGCCCUCCCUUCUCCUCCCUUUUCAGCUCCUCGUGCGACUUUUCCCCCAACGGGUACCAUCUAGCAACAGGGGGGGAGGACCACACAUGCCACGUAUGAGAUUUAAGGCGAUGCAGGAAAACAGGCUGCACCCCCGAAUCCCUCACCCCCUCUCCUGUGCUCCUGAUCAUCGUCCAAUCUCCUCACUUGCACCCUUCCUCUCUUCCGCACUUCCCCCUUUCCUCUGUCUCGCCUUUCCUCCCUUGCUUCCCCUCAUAUACUUUACCCCCUUUCUUCCCCUCGUUUUCCCCCCUGCUUCCCCUCAUUUCCUCCUGUGCUUCCCCUCAUUUCCCCCACUGCUGCCACUCAUUUCUCUCCCUGCUUCACCUCAUUUUCCUCCCCACUGUCCCUGUUUGUGCCCUCCUGCUUCCCCUCAUUCCCCCCCCCACCUCCCCUCAUUUCCCCCGCUGCUGCCCCUCAUUUCCCUCCCUGCUUCUCAUCAUUUUUCCCUGCUUCUCAUCAUUUUUCCCUGCUUCUCAUCAUUUUUCCCUGCUUCUCAUCAUUUUUCCCUGCUUCUCCUCCCUUCCCUCCCUGCUUCUCAUCAUUUCCCUCCCUGCUCUCCCAUAUGUCCCAUAUCUCCCCUGUUUGACCUUUUUCUUUUCCCCCUCCCAAUCCCUCUUAUUGUCUCCCUCUUCCUCGCUAUUGCAGUGACUACACUGAAGAUUUUUCUGAUACUGCAACUCGCCUCAGCCCAUCAUCCCAUGCCAUGCUCGUAG